CAGGAAAAAAGAAAAAAAGAAGAUAAGAAAAUAAAACUUUUGUAUCCUUUCGUCUUCUCCAACUAAUCCAAGCACAAUCUGAAAUCCUAAAGAGAAAAAAAGAACAACAAUGAUGAUGAUUACAACAACAAUGAAAACCUCUACAUUGAGAUCUCAUUUCUUCUCUCUUUCCCCAAUUUCACCUCCAUAUCUCAUCCCCAAAUCACAUUCAAAUCUUUCUCGCAAGACUUCCCAAAUAAUCUUGAACACAACCCAGAAACCAGAAGAAUCAUACAAUCAGUUUAAUCCUCUAAACCUACAAAUCCCCACAUAUGAAGAUCCCUUCGAUAAUCUAAGCCUAAACCCAUUUACUGAAUUACCUCUUUCGAACAAUAACCGUCCCAAGAUUAUGGUAGCCGCCGCCGGCGCCAUAUGGGUUGGACUUGCUCUGUUUCUGAUUGGUGUCGACGGCGAAAAGGCACUGGCUUUAGGUCCGGAAGGUCCAUUAAUGGAAGAAUUUUGGGAUAAUAUGAGAAGAUAUGCUCUUUAUGCACUCACUGUGAGUACUGGAGUAGCUUAUGCUGUUUUUCAACCAAUUUGGGAACUUUUAAGGAAUCCAAUUUCUGCAGUUCUUGUUUUGGUUAUCUUAGGUGGAAGUUUUUAUAUUGUUUCUCAAGUUCUUUCUGCUAUGGUUGGUGUUUCUGAAUUCAGUUAUCAAUACAGUUAUUAGUUUUCCUUUUGUUUAA